GGCGCUUGUUCAGAAUGAGAAAAAAAACAAGGGACAGCGGGUAAACUCGUGCUUUUCUAUGUUGGUGUCAGUGGUUUGGUGGUGUGUUAGUUUAUGAAUAUAUAAUGUUAAGAAGUGUGCAAGGAAUUCGUGUAGCUCAGAGGUUGCUGCCGCAUGCGUCUAUAGCAGUACAAUGUAGACACGCCUCAGGUUUGCCGAUGAACACAGUUAUAUUGUUUGUUCCUCAGCAAGAAGCAUGGAUUGUUGAGCGAAUGGGGCGAUUCAAUAGAGUGUUACAACCAGGUCUUAAUUUUCUUAUUCCAAUCCUGGAUAGAGUUAAAUAUGUGCAAAGUUUAAAAGAAAUUGCUAUUCCAAUCCCUGAGCAAAGUGCUAUUACAAUAGAUAAUGUAACAAUACAUAUUGAUGGUGUUUUAUAUCUCCGAGUCAUUGAUCCAUAUAAUGCAAGUUAUGGAGUUGAAGAUCCUGAGUAUGCCGUGACCCAGCUGGCUCAAACCACUAUGAGGUCCGAGAUUGGAAAGAUCCCUCUUGACACUGUCUUCAAAGAAAGGGAGUCACUCAAUUACAACAUUGUCGAAGCCAUUAACAAAGCAGCUACAGAGCAGUGGGGCAUCCGGUGCUUACGUUAUGAGAUCAAAGACAUUGAUGUGCCAAACAAGGUGAAGGAAGCUAUGCAGAUGCAGGUGGAGGCAGAGAGAAAGAAAAGAGCCAGGGUGUUGGAAUCUGAAGGUAUUAGAGAGUCGGAGAUCAAUGUAGCAGAAGGCAAGAAGAGGUCUGUAAUCCUGGCAUCAGAGGCCAUCAGGAUGGAACAGAUCAAUCGAGCUACUGGUGAAGCUAAUGCCAUCGUUGCCAAAGCUAAUGCCAGAGCUGAGGGUCUGAGUAUAGUUGCCGAGGCCAUUGGUAAAGAACAUGGAGGAAAUGCAGCCUCGUUGAAUGUGGCAGAGCAAUAUGUAGCAGCAUUUGGUAACCUAGCCAAGGAGAGCAACACAAUUGUUCUUCCAGCCAACACUGGAGACAUCAGUAGUAUGGUGGCACAGGGAAUGGCAAUCUACGGUAACCUUAGUAAGCAAAAUCAACGCUUGGUAUCAAGUGAGACGAAGUCAUUAGAGAGUACUGUGGGUCCAAAUACAGAGGGACAUGAACAAAUGAAACACGAAUACAGUACUGAAGAGUAUAGUUCAAAGGCAGAAACAAAAUCUAAGACAGGGGACGACACAUUAUGAUAUAGUUAUCAUACAUAAUUAUCAACAUAAUUGAUCAAAUUUUAUAAUAAAAAAAGUAAAAUCAUUUGUAGCUCCUUUUAUAAACUUUAUUUGAUAAUGUAAGGCUUCACAUAGAGCUUUUCAUUCAAAUCAAUUCAGUUAAUCAAAAAUAUAUGUACAUUUAGUCUUCUCAUUUCAGAAUAUUUCCUCUGGUUUGUGACUAUAAAGAAGCAGUUUGUCAUCAAAUGCAAUAGAUAUUUUGUCUUUAUCUGUGUCAUUAAAAUUAUGCUGAAAAUUUAA